UCGACCUUUCUUCUUAAUGCAAAAAUUCGCUGCGUUGCUGAUGAGUCGAUUACUCUUAUGGGAAAUUGAUUUGAAGGCAGUGGCUCCCGCUAAUAAAAAAAUAGAAGAGCAAAGCAGGGGCCAGCUAAUCCCCGCGCUUUCUGUCCCGCGGCCGCGCCCUCGCCGCGCAGUCUCCACGCUCACGGCUCGCCAGCCACUGCUUAUAUUUCCAUCUCCCUCCCCUCGGCUUUUAUCAGAAUUCCAUGGCCGACCCCAAUCAAAAGCCCGACGACGUGGACCCGCCCGCUCCAUCGCCGGGCUCAGACCGGCCGGCGGGCUACCGUGGCAUCCGUUCGCGGAGCGGUAAGUGGGUUUCCGAAAUUCGGGAGCCGCGCAAGGCUAACCGCAUAUGGCUUGGAACCUACCCAACACCAGAGAUGGCCGCGGUGGCUUACGAUGUGGCGGCGCUCGCGCUACGCGGGGCCGAUGCGGUGCUUAAUUUCCCCGAAGCAGCCAAGUCACGGCCGGCUCCCGCGUCGAGUUCGGCAGCGGAUAUAAGGGUUGCGGCGGCGGCAGCGGCGGCGGAGUUGAAGGCGAGGCUUGAUGCUGGAGGAGCUGGUGGAAGCGGCGCAGGUGGAUCGGAGCCGUUACUGGAGAUGAAGAGGGAGGCGGAAGGAGGUGAGUUUGUGGACGAGGAGGAACUAUUUGAGAUGCCGUUGCUGUUGGCGAAUAUGGCGGAAGGCAUGCUGGUGAGCCCGCCGAGGAUGAGUUCGCCGGAGACGGAAGAAUCAGUGCUGGAGGUUUCGGAAGGGGAAAAACUGUGGAAGUUUGAUGACGAUGAGUGAGUUCGUCGCUGGGGAGAUGGAGGAGCGUAUUUUUACCUCCGUCUUUCUGUUUGAAGAAAAAGUUGCGUAAGGACUAAUGGUAUUA